UCAAAAACAAAUAAGACACGUCAUGCUUGUCAUAUUUUCGGCCUUUGACUUUUAAUUUUGAGUCACCGAUAUUUUCGAUUGGAAUAAUUUCCAAGUAUUUAGUCAUACGUUCAGUGGCGUUGCCGGUAAACACACGGUGAAGUAAGUAAAUAAGUGCAAAAAUGAGUCUACAGUGGACAAUUAUUGCCUCAUUCCUCUACGCGGAGAUAGCCAUCGUUUUGCUUUUGACUUUGCCGAUAGCUAGUCCGAGCAGAUGGCAGAAGUUUUUCAAAUCGAAGUUUCUAGCUUACAUAAGCGGACAAGCGCAGAUUUACUUCUUGAUUUUGAUCGGUGUUUUGGUGCUAUGCCUCCUCGAUGCCAUUCGCGAGAUGCAGAAGUAUUCCAACAUCGAGCCGUCGGACCAUCAACACCUCGACGCGGAAAUGCAAGGUAAUAUGAGAUUGUUCCGUGCACAGAGAAACUUCUACAUUUCUGGUUUUGCGCUGUUUUUGCUCGUCGUCAUUCGCCGGUUGGUGCAGAUGAUCUCGGAGUUAGCAACUUUGUUAGCCCAGGCCGAAGCGAACUUCAGACAAGCACAAAGCGCGACCACUACCGCAAGGUCCCUUUUGGAAAAGCAAGGCGCCGGCGACGAGCAAAACAAGAAGGAAAUUGAGGAACUAAAAACUCAAAUUUCAAAUUUGGAAAAAGAGCUGACCAGAGAGAAGAAAGACAAGGAGGCUGUGAAAUCUCAGGCUGAGAGCCUUAACAAGGAGUAUGACAGACUGGCUGAAGAGCACAGCAAGCUCCAGAAGAAGAUAACAAUCUCUAGUGGCGGCGAUUCCAAGAAAGAUGAAUAAUUCAAUAAGUUUUUAAUACUUUUCAUAUAAUCAAAGCAUUUUUGCAUUAACGCUAUGAAGCUACUCUCUAAUUGUCAUAAAUAUAAUACAUUACAGAUUAUAUCAUACAAACAUGAAGGUAAUAUUUCUCAAAAUCAAAUUCAAAUUGGAUUGAUAGUUAAAAACUAAUAUUUUCAUGGAUAUCAAUAUCUUUGGAGGUAUGAUAAAAACUGUUGUGUUGAAACAAUAUUUACAUCUAAAGAUAAGUAAUCAGUGUACUAUAGUUACACCUAUAAUCUCAUAUGAAAUCAUGUUGCAAUCUGAUGAUUCACUAGACAUUGCAUCCAAGAACAAUUAAAUGUUUGUGUGUCUGAGAUAGAUAUGAACCAUGAUGAAUGCUUGAAAGUUUUGCUCUAUAAGUUUGAUGUCAAGUUUAUAAUUAACAGUAAGACCUAUGUAUGCAAAACUAAAGUUUAUAUUCACUUAAAACAUCAACAUUUUCAACUGUUUAAAUUUCUUUGAGGUUUGGUGAGUCUUAAGCAUUUUAUAUAUCUAUAUUUACCUCAAGCAUAGCCAUAAGGCACUCUUUUCAAUGUUUUGUGAAAAGUCAAUUUAAAAGUAUAAAUUGAGACCUAACAUUAUUUAUGGAAGAAAUGUAUUUUUGCACUAUAGUUAGGGUAUUAAAAAGAUAAAUUGCCUUAUAAUCACUGAAUGCUAUGAGUAGUCCCUUAAUAUUAUAAAAUAUUUACUGUCAUUGUUAAUUGCAAGAAGAAGAAGGCAUUAUUAUUAGUACUUUAGUUGUAACAAAAAGUCUGAAAUGUAAUUUGAUUAAAACAGCAAAUAUAACAUUUGCUUAUGUUUUUUUUUAUUUAUUUUGUAUUUUUGGUGCGAAAGAAGAAAUUAGUAAUAAGAAUAUUUUUAACAUGGCAUUUAAAUGGAACAUUAAAUAUUUUUAAUUUAUCUGUUGUUAUGAUUCAGGAUUUCAUAGAAUGUCAAGUUUGCAGGAUAAAAUUUUAUACACUUUUAAAAGUAUUUACAAUCUAAAUGUUCAGUACAUUUGUAAUAUUAAAUAACUUUGUUUCAUUAUAAAAAAAACUGACCUCCAAAUAUAUCAGUGUUUUCCAAUAUUGCUUUUAAAGGCUUUAUGAUUUUUUAUAAUAAUAGUUAUUAUAAUUCCAACUUGUUCUGAUUAAUGUGGUUAAAAAAAUCCAUAAAAUUCUCAAACUAUUUUAAAUUAAGAACUUCCCUUUUUUGUUUUUUUUCCUUUGCAUGUUACAAGGGUGUUAUAUUUGUAGUACCAAGAUAAGUGAAAAGGUGUGUGAUAAGAAAAUUCUAGGCAGAGGUGUAGUAAUGAAAGAUAAAAAUAUGAUAUAAUUAUUAUAGUUUGUUUUUUAAUUUAAAGGAGUUCUUAAUCCGGGACGAUUUUGUUUGGCGCCUAAAUAAAAAAAUGGAUUUGUAGAUUUUCUGUCUUCAUCUGGGCUCCAUAAAAUUAGUGAAAAGUAUAAGACCUUUUUGACCAGAUUAGAAGACUAACGAACCAAGAUUAACGUCAGGCUGUGCGUAUACUUUGCAUUUGCCAAAUUUAGUUGCAAAAUUAAAAAACAGACUACAGUAAACAUAGUUUUUUAUUUCUAUAGGUUCUUAAUUCUUUGAGGCAUAUUAAGUUGGUGUUUGUUGUUCCCUAUGUAUCUAACAUUUUGUGUGUAUCAAAUAAAUGUGUUUCCAUUUA